AUGGAUGAUGAGGAAGAGUUGAUGGAUAUUGUGGCUGCCAGGAGCCGAGGAGACAAUAGAGAUGCGGAGCUCAGAAAGCUGGAACUGUUUGAAUUGGAAGCCCAACAGAGAGAAGACGAGCAAUCAAAGAGAACCGAAAUGGAGAGGUCAUUCCAGUCAUCGCAGCAACAUCGCAGCACAACAGGUGACACCUCCACGGGAGAGGAAAUCAAAGAAGAAGAGGAAACGGAAGAAGAUAUCUCUAUUUUGAAGAUAGUACAAGACCGAAUACAGAAUCAUCCUCAAGAUACCUGCGAAACUACGUCAGCAGAAGCUGGUCUAGAUGACAAGCUUGCUUUUCCACAACCAAGGUUGACUCGUGGGCAAAAUCUGCCAGAUGAAGCUACCAUGCAUCCAGGAGCAUAUACAGUUGCCCCUGGGACUGAUCUCCAGAGAACCACAACUUUCACGCCUUCGUUUGUGGGAGCUACUCCUUCUUCUCAUGUUGAAGAGCUUACUUCAAGCACAACUGCACGGAAUGAAAGUACGACAGAUUACCAAGCAACGACUACCGCAGACAACAAUAGGGGAUUGGUGGUGGCGAACCAGGUUGAAGAUAAUGAAGAACCUACACAGAUUGCUAGACCCGACAAUUUGCAUGAAAAAAAUGGAUCAACCUCAAGGACUCUUAUGAUCCUUGUUCUCGUUGUUAGCAUUCUUAUUAUUGGAAUUGUUGUUGGUUCCAUCUGUGGGGCUGGUCUCUGCAGCAACAAAGAAGGUGAUGUGGAGACACAGGCUCCCACUUCCUUUCGAUAUUUUGUUUUGGAGGAGAUUCAAAACAAAAUUGAGGAGGCUUUGGGACCUGACUAUUUCCCCAAGAAUGAUGAGCCAGAACCCACCCAGCCAAAGUUCAAGGCUCUUGAUUGGAUUGUGUUUGAGGAUCCGCUGCAGCUCGACCCAGAUGCCACAAAUCUUCUACAGAGGUUCAUUGUGGUAUUAACUUACUUUCAAACAUCCCGGGAGAGUGAUUGGCUCGAUUGUGGGCCAUCUGCAACUAACGAUGCAACAUGCUGGAUUCAAGUCCGAGGUUACGAAGCCUUGGCAAGUAGGUGGCUCACAGGUGUUCAUGAAUGUCAAUGGGCAGGAAUUUCUUGUGGCAGAGAGAAGAGCAUUACUGAGUUGCAGCUUUGGGACAACGGAUUGAAUGGCCCUCUGCCCACAGAACUUGCAAAUAUUCCAGCACUGGAAUCAAUAAACUUUAUGGGGAACCGACUGACAGGAACGGUUCCGAGCAUAUAUGGCAGCUUCCUUUCCCUUUCUUUACUGAAUCUAGACAACAGCGAACUGUCUGGUAGUAUUCCAUCAGAAUUGUUUGGAAACAACCUCUCCACCGUAAAUUUUUCCAACAAUUCUCUAAACGGGACAGUGCCCACAGAAGUCGGACUCUUUGAUGGGACGUGGCUUGGAUUUGGUUCAAACAGCUUGUCCAGCUCCAUCCCUACAGAGCUCUUUCAGGCUGGCAAAGGAAUCCAUACCUUUCUUUUUAAUGACAAUAAGCUUACAGGAACAAUACCCACUGAAAUUGCAGCAUUGCAUGGACGUAAUGGACUCAUCAUCUUUCUUCAAGGGAACCAUUUACGCGGAACCAUCCCAUCCGAAAUAGGACUUCUGAAAGGCUCUCUGAGAGAACUUGAUGUCAGUCGGACCAAUAUGGAUGGCUCCCUACCAGAGGAACUCUUUACAAAGUGUACCAACUUGCACUCACUUGAGGUCUCCAAUUGUGGCUUGACUGGCACCAUAAGCAGUGGACUGCAGCUUUUGACAAAGCUAUUAACCUUUGAUAUUUCCAACAACAAGUUCCAUGGCACCAUCCCAGCACAGCUUUCGACUCUGACACUGCUACGCCAGUUUAUUGUGAAUGGGAAUGACCUUUCUGGUUCCAUUCCAUCAUCUGUCUGUGCUUUGGGAGGCCCCACAAAGCGCACAUUUGAAGUGGCAGCUGACUCUGCUAUGGGUAUGGCUUCUGGCUACGUGGUUAUCACUGAGUUCGACAUUCAGCUGGCGGCGCUGAUAGCCCUGCAUUUGGACCACAUUUUGGAUGAGAUUCGUAUUGGACAGAGAAGAUUGGCCUGA